AAAUUUCCAGCAGAUUGGCCUGUGCGCUCACUGAUUGAAUCGAACAUCCAAAUGCUUCAAUUGACACCGGCACCACCACCACCACCGCAGCUGCAGCCUUCGAAGGAUCAAAACGGAGAGCUCGGCAACGUAAAACAUUUCUCCUCUAUCCGUCCGAAUCCCAGUCCGAGAAGAUGGUGGUUAAGAUUAGACUCGCGCGCUUCGGGCGCACCAACGCGCCCUUCUACAACAUCGUCGUCGCUCACGCUCGCACCGCGCGCAACAGCCGCCCGCUCGAGGUCAUUGGCACCUACGACCCCAUCCCCAAGAAGGACACGUAUGACGAGUCUGGCAAGCUGCACAAGGACAUCAAGUUGGACAUCACAAGGGCAAAGUACUGGAUCGGUGUGGGCGCCCAACCAACCGACACCGUGUGGAGGUUAUUAUCCAUGGUCGGCAUCCUCCCACCCAAGUAUCGACCAGCAGCCCCGGCCCUGAAUCAGCCGACGCCGGAAUCGAACAAGGCAUGAACGGGAGACGGCACGAACCAGGUCUAUCUCAAUCAAGUGUAUAUUUCGACAUCUUCAUCUCUCACGUGUUGUCUGUCAACUCAUGCGGCACAACCAAGGGCAUGUACAUACAAAAGGCGUUAUGAUUCUUUAUAUGCGAGGCGGUAAGGGCUCGUGGAGGAGUGUACAAUACAUAGAAGAGACAGGGGAAUCAACCGUUAGGUUCUAUUUUUUUGGGCUAGCAUCCUGCUCAACCUGCUU